AAUAUAUAGAAAAUAAAGAAAAUGGCUUUUAUAACAAGAACAACAUUUAGAUUGUUACAAAUACGAAAUUCCACUCAUAGUUCUUGUAGAAUAAGACAGUUGAGUACUAAAACGGAAGCGACUUUGAAUGAAGAGGAAUCUGAUAAAAGUAAACAAACUCAUUUUGGUUUUAAAACAGUGAAUGAGGAAGAGAAAUGGAAAAAAGUUCACGAAGUAUUUGAAACCGUAGCAGAAAAGUAUGAUGUGAUGAAUGAUGCAAUGUCUCUCGGCAUUCACAGGCUAUGGAAGGAUAUAUUCCUACAACGACUAGCACCUACACAUGGGACAAAGCUUCUAGAUGUAGCUGGUGGAACUGGUGAUAUUUCAUUUAGGUAUAUAGAUUAUUUAAAAAAUUUGGGCCCAGCACCUGAAAACAAGCAAAGCUUAGUCAUUAUCAGUGAUAUUAACCAAGCUAUGCUUGAUGUUGGAAAAGUUCGAGCACAGAGACAAGGAUAUACAAAAGAAUCUAGCGGUGUUGAUGUUCAAUGGUUGUGUAGUGAUGCAGAAAAGCUCGCCUUACCUGACGAGUGUGUUACUGCAUACACUAUUGCAUUUGGUAUCAGAAAUUGUACUCAUGUUGAUAAGGUCCUAGAAGAGGCAUACCGCGUGCUUAUGCCUGGUGGUCGUUUUAUGUGUUUAGAAUUCAGUCAGCUACCUAAUUCUGGAAUGCAAUGGUUAUAUGACCAGUAUUCUUUCCAAGUGAUACCAGCAUUAGGACAGCUUAUAGCCGGACAAUGGAAACCUUAUCAGUAUUUAGUGGAAAGUAUAAGGCAAUUUCCAGAUCAGGAAAAGUUCAAAGGUAUGAUAGAGGAGGCAGGUUUCAGGCAGGUGACUUACGAGAAUUUAACAUUUGGAGUUGUCGCGAUUCAUUCAGGUUUUAAAAUAUAGUGAUUAAAGUUUAUUAAUUUAUUUAAAAAA